AUGAAGUUCUCUCUGCCUCUCGUUGCCCUCAGCACAAUUAGUUUCACUUUUGCUGUCCCAACAGCAUCAUCAAAUGCAAUUGUCCAAAGAGAUCUUCCUUUAGUCCAAUCAAACCAAUUGCGCCGAUUACUGCUGAGGUCUGAACUGCUCAAGAAAGCCAAGAUUCUUGAAGAUUUCGCGUACUCUACUCCGGAGAGGAACCGUUUGAUUGGAACUCCUGGACACAAUGCGACAGUCAACUGGAUCAAGGACACAAUUGCUCAGUUUCCCGACUAUUACACUUACUACCUCGAAUCUUUUGACUUGAGUCUUGGGGUCAGCGCGAAUCUCACGAACAAUGGUACCCCUAUGGAAGCGUUCGCCGUUGGCUUGAGUCCUGCCGGGCACGUAUCUGGUCCGUUGGUGUAUGUGCCAAAUCUCGGAUGUGAAAGUGCCGACUUCUCUGCUGUUACGGCAGGCUCCAUAAUUCUCGUGGGGCGGGGCAACUGUCAAUCUGCAGUCAAAGACGCUCUUGGUUCGACGGCGGGCGCAAUUGGGAUGUUGGUGUACAAUAAUGUAGAGGGGAAUCUGGAUGGCUACUCUUUGCAAAAAAUAAACACCCCCGAAGGUACAUAUGUCCCAGCAGGUGGGAUAUCUAUGGCAGAUGGAGAAGCCCUGGUUGCCAGAGUACAAGCUGGAGAAACUGUCAUUGCUGAUCUCGCAACUGAAAUGUCUGUUUCCACGACCUACAACGUGAUAGCCGAGACGAUAGGAGGUGAUCACGAGAAUGUGAUCCAUAUGUCUGGGCAUUCUGACUCAGUGGCCGCCGGCCCAGGCAUCAACGACAACGGAUCUGGCACCAUCUCACUACUAGAAGUUGCGAUCCAAUUAACGAACUUCAGCGUCAACAAUGCCGUUAGAUUUUCAUGGUGGUCAGGGGAAGAGGAGGGUCUUCUAGGCGCCACGUACUACGUUUCUCAGCAGCCACAGUCAGAGCUUGAUAAGAUUCGGUUGAUGCUGGAUUUCGAUAUGAUGGCUUCACCCAACUAUGUUUACCAGAUCUACGACGGCGAUGGAUCAGCAUUCGGCGAGUCAGGCCCCCCAGGAUCAGGCGAAGCCGAGCAUGAGUUUGAACGAUAUUUUGCCCAGGACGCUGGUGUGAACUUCACCUCGAUUGAAUUCGACGGUCGCUCCGACUACGGACCUUUUCUUGCUGCUGGUGUGGCCACUGGAGGAAUUGCUUGUGGUGCUGAGGCCAUCAAGACGGUGGAGGAAGCUGCAAUGUUUGGUGGCCAGGCAGGUGUGGCAUAUGAUGUCUGCUACCAUUCUGCGUGUGACAAUUCCAGCAAUCUUGAUGUUGGGGCUUGGAUACAGAUGACGAAGGCUAUUGCACACAUGACGGCGACGUUUGCGAGGAGCUUUGAUCUCCUUUCUCCCCGGAACGAAACAAUGAAAGCCAAGCGAAUGACGAAGUCGAAACAGGUCAUCAGUGACAAGGCUAUAGGAGCUCUUUGGGGCGUUUGA